GGGGCCAUGACUCACCCGAACCGCGCCCCCCGCCCGCGGACGAGCGCACGUGAGCGCGCGCCGCGCUGUUUUCUAAGAUUAGCUCGGCGGCUUCGGUGGGGUCGCGCGAGGCAGCUGCUAGAGGCGGUGCUCUGUCAAAAUGAGUGAUUAACCAAGAGGAAGGCCUCAGAGCCUGGAAUCAGGGGCUCCAGCUAGUUGCAAAGGAAUAAAGCAUUCAGAAUCCAGACACAAGCUCUCCACGGGGAAGUACAUGCACUGUGCUUACUUUAAGGGGAGAGAGUGUCCAUCAUCUCACACCCAGGAGAUCUACGGUAACCACCAUGUCCGUGACUUAGUUGUUGGAAGAGUCACCUCUGUAGUCCUCCAAGGCAGCAUGGUGCCUGAGAGCUCCGCAGGACACCUGUGACCUAGACUGGGUGGUCCUUGCCCCUCUCCAGUCUUCGGCGGGAAACACUUUAUAAGCAGAUUAGUUCUCCACCCUGCUGCCCGGAGCCAGAUCUCUUGCCAUGCCAAAUUGUUGGAAUGGUUCAGUGACAAGUGUGUUAUUAAGAAGAAAUUUAUGACGCCUUAUUCAGAGCCUCAAUGUCCCCUCUUGUCAAGUGGGUUGAUCACAAAGGCCCAAGGGACACCGUUGGCAAGAAGACGAAGCCCAUGAGCUACAGCGUCGGGACGCCGGGUCCAGAUCUCCAACUGCCCGAGGGGCUUCUGAAGCAGCUCUUACAGAAGUUAGGGAGAGUGGAACGUGAGCUCGGACAGCCUCGCUUCUCAUCCCACAUCUUCCACUGAUGAAAUAAGGCCUUUGGGCAAGUUGUUGAACCGACUCAAGCUGCAGCCGCCUCAUCGGUGACAUGGAGGAUGACAAGGACACCUGCGUGGGCAGGUGACUCUCGGCAGCAAAUGAAGGGGUCCGGGUAGGGCACGUUAGCCCCAUACCGAGCAUACAGACUACGAACAUGGGGGAUACUCUGCUUCUCAACCCUGUUCGUGCCCAGAGCGGCCUGCGGAAUGGGUGUCCGAGACCAACAGCAAACCUACGAGCCUGGGGGUGGCGGGUGCAGACUGCAAGGGGGAUGGGGCCACCAAGGCAGGUUGGAGCCAAACUGUGAAGGUCCCAAGUUCACGGGAGCUUGGGCAUGACUCUGCAGGGAUAAAAUGUUAUCUUCAAAUUCCUAUCCCCUCCCACCACCACCGAAGAGAACAACGCAAAAACAGAUGGCAUGAAUUUCCUAACUACCAUCAGGGUGGAUGGGCUGGGACAACUGGCACGUUCUAGGACACGCAAGACCAGGCCUCCUUUGUCUCAGCCCCACUGAGGGUGUACCAGGGAGCCCCUGCAGUAAUCCAGUAAUCCCAGUGAGAGGUGGUGGUGGCUUGGGCCGGCCUGACUGAUAAAAGCAUCUUACAGCUGGGAAGACUCCAAAGAGCUCGCAGCCCGAAGAACAGGGAGUGGUAGCCAGGCAUGAUCCAAAGGUACAAAGCUCUAACUCGGCUGAGUGAGGAGUUGGAUCAGGUGGUUGAGAACUCAGAGCGGACGGACGGGCAGGAAAAGGAGACAGACGGAGUCCAAGGUCCAGGAGUCUUACCAGCCCUGGACAGCGAGUCCGCCUCCAGCAGCAUCCGCUUCAGCAAGGCCUGCCUGAAGAACGUCUUCUCCGUCCUGCUCAUCCUCAUCUACCUGCUGCUCAUGGCCGUGGCCGUCUUCCUGGUCUACCAGACCAUCACAGACUUCCAAGAGAAGCUCAAGCACCCCGUCAUGUCGGUGUCUUACAAGGAGGUGGAUCGCUAUGACGCCCCAGGGAUUGCUCUGUACCCGGGUCAGGCCCAGCUACUCAGCUGCAAGCACUAUUACGAGGUCAUUCCGCCUCUGAGGAGCCCCGGCCAGCCGGGUGACAUGGACUGCACCACCCAGAGGAUCAACUACACGGACCCUUUCUCCAACCAGACCCUGAAAUCCGCCCUGAUUGUGCAGGGGCCCCGCGAGGUGAAGAAGCGCGAGCUGGUCUUCCUCCAGUUCCGCCUGAACCAGAGCAGCGAGGACUUCAGCGCCAUCGAUUACCUCCUCUUCUCGUCCUUCCAGGAGUUCCUGCGCAGCCCAGACAGGGUGGGCUUCAUGCAGGCCUGCGAGAGCGCCUAUUCCAGCUGGAAGUUUUCCGGGGGCUUCCGCACGUGGGUCAAGAUGUCCCUGGUGAAGACGAAGGAAGAGGACGGGCGGGAGGCGGUGGAGUUCCGGCAGGAGACCAGCGUGGUCAACUACAAUGACCAGAGGCCAGCCGCCGAAAGGAGCGCUCAGUUGUUUUUUGUCGUCUUUGAAUGGAAAGAUCCUUUCAUCCAGAAAGUCCAAGACAUAAUCACCGCCAAUCCUUGGAACACAAUCGCCCUUCUCUGUGGGGCCUUCCUGGCAUUGUUUAAAGCAGCAGAGUUUGCCAAACUGAGUGUGAAGUGGAUGAUCAAAAUUAGGAAGAGAUACCUUAAAAAAAGAGGUCAGGCAGCAAACCACAUAAGCUGAGGUGGCCUCGUGGUGUUGGUAGAACUGCCCCCGGCGAUGGAAGUUCUCGUCAUUUCUGUGUUGGUAAACGGAGCGGCCAGCGGCCCUGUGCCCACCUGCCACGGCCUCGCUGGGAGGACCAGCCUGCCAGACUGCAGCUUCUCACCUGGCCCCGAAAGAGGAUGUUUAGAGCCUAAUGGAGCAGAUCCAGUGGAUAACCUACAACCUAUUUAAGUAUUUAAAUUAUUAAUGAACAUUUUUGGACAUAUGACUAGGGAUUGUGGAAGACGGAAUUAGAUAUGUCUCAGGUUUUCUGAAGGUUUGUGAAGCUGCCUUACUUGGUUUGGUGUAUAGUUAAGCUCUAACGGGAUAAUCCAGGCUCUACACUUCACCUUAGUCCCCCCCCCCCCCAAGGUUUUUAUAAAGUGGACAGAGAGUGUGAUUUUUUUCCCCCAAAUCCUGAGGCUGCAGAUGCGCAGGUUCUGCGUUGAGCCCUCUGCACCCCAUACCCAAGGGCAGAAUCCGUUGUGUCCGGCGUCACCAGCCAGUUCCAUCAUCCAGCCUCUGACACGUUCUCUCAUUUGUUAAAUUUUAAAUGGGACUUUUGUAAAGCUUCUAGAAAGUAGUGCUAAGAUAUCUUGAGGAUUGACUAGCCACUUACGUGUCUGGCUCGAGUAUCUGUUGAUGCGGGUAUGAGCGCGCAGUGAUUAACAUGCAGAAGCCCUGUGACAUGUGUGCAGAGGAGAUGCCUACUCAGUGUAUUUUGAUGAUUUUAUUAACAGGUAAAUAAAAGUUAGGUUAAUGCAAAA